UAACCGCACCAGAAGUUGCAAAAAUAUUCUUCUCUAUCAUUUUUAAGAAUCAUGGCUUGCCUCAAACUAUUAUUUCGGACAGAGAUGCAAAGUUCACUAGUUGUUUCUGGAAAAUGCUAUUCGAACAAGUAGGGACUAAAUUGGCAUUAUCAACUGCAUUCCACCCACAGACAGACGGACAAACUGAAAGAAUGAAUAGAACAUUGGAAGAAAUGUUACGAGCAUACACUUCAUACAAACAAGACAAUUGGGAUGAAUAUUUACCUGCCGCUGAAUUUGCCUACAACAAUUCCAAACAACCUUCAACAGGUUACACACCAUUUGAGUUAGAUUGUGGUCAACACCCAAACACUCCUAGUUCAUUAGCAGCAAAGAAAAAUACACAAGUACCAGCAGCAGAUGAUUUCUUGAAUCAUUGGGACACUAUGAUUCAAAUCGCAAAAGAUACUUUGAUGAUUGCUCAAGAAAGACAAGUAAAAUACUCUAACCAAAGUCGAUGUUACGAAGAAUACAAAGUAGGAGAUAAG